AUGGACCUCGUACCAACUGUGAAUAAUGUGGACUUUUACUCCAACGCCUCUGCUCAGGAGUCAAGAUACAAAAAUCUUAAUGCCCAGUUCACCAAGCGAUUUAACGCAUCCCCGCAAUUCUUUGCCAGAGCUCCGGGAAGAGUCAACUUGAUUGGAGAGCACAUUGACUAUUGUAACUUUUCGGUGUUGCCUAUGGCCAUUGAGGUUGAUGUGGUUGCCGCUGUAUCAGCAUCGUCCAAUUCGACGGUUACUAUUGCAAACACCGAUCCAAAGUUCCAAGAAAUGCUGUUUGACUUCCCUCUGGAUGGGUCUGUCGUGACCAUCAACUUGGAAAAGCAAACAUGGGGCAACUACUUUAAGUGUGCUGCUAUUGUAGCGCAUAAUUUUAUCCUCGAGAAGUACCCUGAAGUGCUCGAUCAUGGCCACAAGCCUUUGCAGGGACUCAAAGCUAUAUUUGAUGGUAAUGUUCCUACUGGAGGAGGAUUAUCGUCGUCAGCUGCUUUCUGCAUUGCAGCAACUUUAGCUGUUUUGAGAGUCAAUGGAAUUUCUGAGAUUUCAAAGGCGGAUCUCACCAGGAUCACCGUGGUCUCGGAACAUUAUGUGGGACUCAACAAUGGAGGCAUGGAUCAAUGUGCCUCUGUCAAUGGAGAGCCAUCGAAGGUUCUUUUGAUUCAGUUUAAACCAACUUUAAAGGCCACUCCAUUCAAGUUGCCGGAAACGGAGCCAGAAUCCGUCUUUCUCAUCACUAAUUCGCUAAUCACCGCUAACAAGACCGAGACAGCGCCUACGAACUACAAUUUGAGGGUGGUAGAAGUUGCCGUGGCUGCCGAGGUUAUUGCUGCUAAGUUUGGGUUACAAGUCCCUAAGGAUUCUAAUUUGGACACUGCAACUUUACGGGGAAGUCUUGAUGCAUACUUUUCGCAGGUGGAAGGUGAGCCACUAUGGGAUGGCCAGGAUAUUGAGGUAGGAAUCCGCAACCUCACCCGCAUGAUUGAAGUGGUGAAGAAAUUGUAUUCAGAGGAAGAGAAGGACGGAAUUACUAGUGAGCAGGCUGCAGCAUAUCUCGGCAUUACCGAGAAAGAAUUCUCCGAAGUGUUCCUCACCAAGUUCCCAGUUCGGUAUCAAAAACUUAACCUUUACAAGAGAUCCAUACACGUUUAUUCUGAUGCUUUGCGUGUACUCCAAGUGAUUCAGUUGGCCCGAAACUUCGAUGGUAACUCGGAGAAAUACCUCCAAGCACUCGGAAAGCUUAUGAACGAAUCGCAAGUAUCCACUAGAGAUUACAAUAAUGCGUCUGCACCUGGGUGUGACGACAUUUGUAAAAUCGCCGGAAAAAACGGCGCUUACGGGUCCAGAGUCACCGGCGCAGGAUUUGGCGGGUCUAUCGUGCAUCUCACUACAGUUGAACGGUUGCCCCAGUUGGUGAAUGCUCUUCGCAGUGAAUACUACCAGACGCACUUCCCCGGAAUAACUGCAGAUACGUUGAGUGCAGCUAUUGUCGUAUCUAAGCCAGCCCAAGGAGCUUGUGUCGUAGAAAUUUAA